AUGGAUCUUACUGUGGAAGGAAUCCGGAGUGCCCACAGAAACCCACUUGGCUGGGCAGGUGACCCAAUACUUCUGUCACGUCUGAUAAGUCAUACUUCAUGUUACACGUACAAGCGUGGUAGUCAAGGACAGCAGAGCAAGCACCUUGGUGUUCCUGCAAAUGUGGAAAAACGAAGAUCGAUCAAGCCAACCAACGAAAAUAAUGACGAGGAUCGACCCCCUCUAGUUGUCAUUUCUGCUACCCUUCCAAAAGGAGAAAUAGAAACAGAAUUGACGACAGGUCUUAUGUACAACAUCAGCUCUUAUGUUCCUCCGCAUCUCACACUUAUGUUUGCCUUACAGCAAGCCCUGUUGUCUCUGUCAGGCUCCCUGGCCGUGUCCCUACUAAUGGCAGAGGUGGUGUGUGCAGAGGAUAACGAUGAAUUCAAAGCCAAACUCCUCAGUUCCACUCUGUUCAUGAAUGGCGUGACGACAUUCUUCAUGGUCACCCUGGGUGUACGGACCAGUGCCAUAGCCAUAAUCCUGUCUCUGUACUUAGCUAAUAGGAAAACAGUCAUCCCGAUGUGGUCAAGAAAGAAAUCCUGGCAUUUGAUACGAUAUCCACUCCAUACAGUGUUCGCUCUCCUGAUAGCUAUGGCGGUAGGUUGGGCGAUGUGUGCCAUCCUUACAGAGGUCGGUGCCUUCAGUAUGGACAGGGAUCAUAAAGACUUUUACUCAAGGACAGACGCUAGGACAGACAUCAUCCACAAGUCCAGCUGGUUUAACAUGCCCUAUCCUGGACAGUUUGGACCGAUGCGGUUUGAUAUCUCAGUGUUCGUUAGCUUUAUGGUGGCAACUGUUGUUUCCAUCCUCGAUUCCUACGGGAGUAGCAUUGGUGCUAUUGGACUGACACAGGUCGCCAGCCGCUACGUAUUCAUUGCGACCGCACUGAUCUACAUAGUCUUUGGUCUCGUCGGAAAAGUAUCCGCCAUUUUUAUCACAAUUCCAUAUCCGGUCCUAGGUGGCAUUCUCCUCGUUAUGUUUGGAGUCUUUAAUGGAGUCGUUUUAUCCAACCUACAGUCUGUAAGUCUGUCGUCCAUGCGAAACCUCGCUAUCAUAGGUACUUCACUGAUGGUAGGAUUGGUCAUACCGGAGUGGAUAGAGACGUACGACAACACUAUCGACACAGGAAACAAAGAAGCGGACAAUGUCAUUCUUGCGUUGCUAGGCAACCCGAACCUAGCGGGUGGUGUACUUGCCUGCUUCCUUGAUAACACUAUACCAGGCACAAGGACAGAACGUGGUAUAGCUCAAUGGGAAACUAAAGAAGAAGAUGAUUCAUCGUCAAAAUUUUCGGAGGGAUAUGAAGUGUACAACCCCCUAUUUUUUGACAAGCUAAAGCACUUCAAAAUGCUUAGGUUUCUUCCAUUCAUGCCGGCUCCCCAGGAAAAGGGAGUGUAG